UCUUCAACCAACUUCAGCAAGAACCUGAUCGAGAAAGGGCUAGUCAACACAGACCAAACACCCUAACCAAUUCACGAGUAUGGAGGCUACUAAACCACCAGAGAUCCAUCUGGACCCAGAAGUCGAAGAACUAUGGUCCUCUCGUGCACUCCUACUCGUCUUGGUUCUCUUGAUCUUGUCCUUCUGGGUCUCAUACUACCUCAAAAUCAAACGGAUCAAAACUAUACACGAAACACUCGUCGCCCUUUUUGCUGGAAUGGUCAUUGGUUUGAUUGUCAGGCUUUCCCCAGGCGAAGUGGUUCAAAACAUGAUUAGUUUCAAGAGUACGAUCAUGCUAAACGUUCUACUACCUCCAAUCAUCCUGGCCUCUGGUUAUGAUCUAAAAGAAGAAAACUUCUUCCGUAACUUUGGCGUAAUCUUAACUUUUGCAUUCUGUGGAACUUUUGUCUCUGCAGUCGUCAUAGGAACCUUAGUCUAUAUUUGGGCAUUAUUGGGUUUCGAAGGCCUUUCUCUAGGGAUCAUUGAAUGUCUUUUGUUCGGAUCGACUCUUUCUGCUACCGAUCCAGUCACAGUUCUUGCUAUCUUCAACACUCUCAAAGUCGACCCCAAGUUAUAUAGCAUCAUCUUUGGUGAAAGUUUAUUGAAUGAUGCCAUUGCUAUUGUGAUGUUUGAAACGCUAUCUCAUUUCCAUGGGGAGAAAAUCUCAAUCCUCUCCUUCUUUCACGGUGUCGGAAUCUUUUUGCUCGUAUUCCUCACUUCUAUGGCUCUUGGAGUCGUCUUCGGUUUGACGUGUUCACUAAUGUUGAAACAUUCAAGAGUUUCUCAAUUCCCUGAGAUCGAAAGCUGUUUGGUCCUGUUGAUCGCUUAUACCAGUUACUUUUUUUCUAAUGCAUCAACUAUGAGUGGUAUCGUAUCGCUACUGUUUUGUGGAAUUACUCUGAAGCAUUAUGCGUACCACAACAUGUCCCGGAGAACCCAAAGAACAACAAAAUACAUGUUCACUACCUUAUCUUCACUUUGUGAAAACUUCAUCUUUAUUUAUCUGGGGUUGAGUUUGUUCACCCAAACCCAACUAGUUUACAAACCAAUUUUCAUUUUUAUCUCGGCUUUAUCGGUCUGUGUGGCCCGAUAUUGCGCUGUCUUCCCGAUCUCACAAUUGGUCAACGUCUUUUUCCGAAAGGCUCGAGGGACUCGAACAGACGAAUUGCCACAUUCUUAUCAGAUGAUGUUGUUUUGGGCCGGCUUGAGAGGUGCUGUUGGAGUGGCUCUGGCAGCUGGGAUUAAAGGGGACAACGCAGUCGCCUUAAGGACAACAGUUCUAGUCACUGUGGUGCUCACGAUGGUAAUAUUUGGCGGGACGACGACGAGGAUGAUCGAUAUAGUCGGAAUCCGGACCGGAGUUGAGGAUGAAAUAGAUACGUCGGAUGAAGAAGGUCUCGGGAUCCAAGACCAUGGCACCGGCGGCUUCCUUAGUUUGGCUCGGGAUGAUCAUCGGGGAGGACUCUAUCAGGAUACAAAUAGCCGGAAGAGCUCGCUUGGCGAUUCAUUAGAUCAGACCACUAGCAAGCAUCUACGAAACGUGAAGACAGAUUUCAACGGAGCAAACUCGGAUGACCCCUACAAGCGCUUCUCUCGAGGCCCGAGGGAUCCUAAGAACGGUGUGAUCUCCAGUCCAAUGUCUGAAAGGUCGAUAGCUACCCAGGAUUCAGAUGACGAGGUAUUGCCUUCAGCGGAUGCCCAGACUACUCAAUUUAAUCUGGAAGAUGGUGAAGCUCGCCAAGGAAACGGUCAGGGUGUUGGUGGCAAUCGGAAGGUAUGGAGAGACGGACAAUGGUUUACAGUUCUGGAUGAACAAUAUCUUUUACCAGUCUUCAGUAAUGCAACGGCCUCUCGAAAGCAAGCCUCCCGUAAGGCACUACGGAAUCAGCGGGCCAGCUUAGCAGGCGAUGCAAUUUAUCGAGCUCAAUCGGAUGCCGAUCAUAUCCCAUCACCACGAUCGGGCCAUCCAAAUUCAGCCUGGAACUCGGAAGACAGUAAUGGUGGAGGUACAGAAGGGAACCCCAAUCGAGGAGUCUGAAAUCCCACCGGCAAUCGGCACCCUUGAAAAAGAAGGCGAGCGAUGAGAAUUGUUCUUCAGAUCAUCGCUCCAAGCCUUCGUACUCUCAUUCUUCACACGAGAGUCGGGAGAAAAUUCACAUCCAUGAUAAUCUUAAUGGAACCCACCGGAAUAGUAAUCUUCAUCAAAUUCAUCUAGGCUCUCUUCCCUCAUCAGUUGGUAGUAACCAUUCCAUCAACGCCUUCACCUCCGCCAAACCACAUCACGAGUCGAGUGAUCCGAGCAUUGGUACAUCCACCAGCUCGACUCUCUCGAUUCAACAAACCUCUAACCGAAUCCGAUCCAGCGCCCUUCAUGACGAGAACGGUGAGAAUGGUAAAUUACAAACAACAGACGAUUCCAAGUCGAUGAACGGUGGUGAUGAUACCACCCACACCAGCGAUCCUCCAACCGUCAUCGACACCCAGCUUCUCUCUUCUCAUCCUCUGCCUUCUUCCUCUCGGGUCAAUCCGCAUAACCAUGUCCGUUGUAGAUCAAGGGAUCAAAUCACUACCUUAUCCAGCUUUCGUCAUCAAGACGAUGGUGAUGGGAGUGGUGCUCUUGGUGAAACAGAUCAUUUCAAAAAAUCGGAAGAUUGAUAUUUACAUGCCGUCCAUUUGUCUCCCCACUUUUGUCUUACUUUAACUAAUGUUGAUUUCAUGCUGUUGUUGUUUUCCCUAAACUGAUUCAUAUUUGAUAGACUUGUUGGUAACAGGCUUGAUUAAUUUUCUAUUUUUUUUGAACAAAACAAAACAACAGACGGGUUUAUAGAGACUUCUAUUUAUUUAUUUUUAUUUAUCUAAGAUUGCUAUUAGAGUUUGGCUAUGUUGUUGAAUUAUUCCCCAUGUUUCCCUUGACUGCUUUUCUGUCUCUCAAACAAGUCCGCCGCUUUUAUGAGUUUGCUCUCUCAUCAGUCAUGGAAAUUUGGUGA